AUGAUCCCCAGAGCCGCAGCACGAGCGCUCAAGUCUGUGGCACCAAAUGGCCACAUGUCUAUCGUGCGACCCUUCUCAUCCUGUCAUGCACUGUCCCAGCCUAAGAUCAUGCUCGAGGAUCCAAAUGGCUUUGGCUUCAUCCGUCACAACGCCCGUCCCCCCAAGCCCAGGCAGACUGGGGUCACCGAGAUUAGGGGACCUUACUAUUCUGCCAUGGGCAAGCGAUAUCUCAAGGAUGUCCUCGAGACCAUGGGUUAUCAUGUCGACGGUCUCAAAUUUGCCGGCGGAUCAUUCUCAUUGUUCCCGGAAGACAAGCUGAGGGAGUUGCUUGAUUUGGCCCACGAACACGGCGGUGGCUGGAUCGAGCAUGUGCUCACGCAAUCGGACGCCCAUUCUGCGGUAGAUCGAUAUCUGAAGCGCUGCAAGUCUCUCGGCUUCGACGUGAUGGAGAUCUCCACCGGAUUCCUGUCCAUUCCGCCGGACGACUGGAUGCGUCUCAUAGACAAAGUCCAUUCCGCCGGCCUGGUUGCCAAGCCCGAGAUUGGAAUCCAAUUCGGAGCCGGGGGUGACACCGAGGCAGGUGCGCUCGAGAGCCUUGGCUCUUCGGACCCCUCCAAGGUCGUCAAUCUCGGCAAGCGCUUCAUCAAUGACGCUGGCGUCGAGCGAAUUAUGAUUGAGAGUGAGGGCAUCACAGAGAAUGUCAAGAAUUGGAGGACCGAUGUCAUUCAGGGCAUCCUGCGCGAGCUUCCCGCCGACAGAGUCAUGUUCGAGGCUGCGGAGACCAAGGUCUUCAACUGGUAUAUACGUGAGUUUGGCGCCGAUGUGAACCUGUUUGUGGACCAUUCGCAGAUCGUUCAAGUCAGUUGUCUCCGGGAAGGCAUCUGGGGGAUGGCAGACACCUUUGGCAAGAUUACCACUUUCCGGUAG